ACAUAUUUAUAAAUCUGAAUAUGUUUAUGAAUCUGAAUAUGUUCAUAAACCUAAACAUGUUUAUAAACCUGAAUAUAUUCAUGAAUCUAAACAUGUUCAUGAACCUGAAUGUAUUGAUUAG